GAUGAUCCAACCAUCUACAGUUCUGUUCGUCCUAAGUCUUGUGUCGGCCAACAAAGCUCAGAUGAAUUUUCAUGAAACAAACCAUUUCCUCUUAGCUACUGUAGGAGAUAACAUCACCUUACCCUGCUCCAAUAAAGACAAGUCAGACAAGUCAGUGCUCGAUGCUGCACUUUACUGGUACAAGCAAAGUUUAGGCAGUGAAAUAGAGCGCAUUUCUUCUUUCUCUAAAUAUAAGCAGAUUAAAAAUUUACACGGAGAAUUCAACAAAAAACGUCGAUUCACACUGGAUACUGAACAUGAAAAUAAUACCCUAAAUAUAAAACAUGUACAAAUGUCCGACUCAGCAGUUUACCUGUGCAUAAGUUGUUUUCUACACGAUCUAGACGUCAUAAAAAGUGUCACUGUGAUUGUGAAGAGUUUGAGCCCAACAGUUAAAGUCCGUCAGUCUCCACAUGAGGAAACAGAACCAGGAAAUAAUGUGACUCUAAACUGUAGUGUCCAGACUGAGAGGUGUGAAGGACAGCACAGGGUUCACUGGUUCAAACAGUCUGAAGAGUCUGCAGCAGGAGUCCUGUACAGUCAUGGAGGAGGUCGUGUGGGUGAUGGGUGCAAGAACAAUGGAAAAAGUCCAACCAACUCCUGUGUGUACAGCCUCCCCAUACACAAUGUGAACUCAGAGCAGACUGGGACCUACUACUGCGCUGUGGCCGCCUGUGGACAAGUCCUGUUUGGAGAGGGGACCCAGAUGACAAUAAAAGCGAGAGGAGAUAAUUCAUCCAUAAUCUACAUCCUGAGUGGAGCGUUGGUGUUCUCCUCUGUCCUGGUUCUGUUUCUGGCUUUAACCUUGUGGAGAACGAAGAGGAAAUACUGCAGCUCCUCCACAGAACUCAAAUGGCGAUCUGGAUCAUCUUCAACUGCUAAGGGUGAGGGUCAGGAGCAGGACGUGGACUCCCUCCAUUACGCUGCUCUGAGAGUCCAGCCUCCGUCCAGAAGACAGAGAGUCACUGCUCACACUGACUGUGUGUACUCUGAUGUUCUCCCACACCACUGAACAUGGACAUGGUUUAAGUGUGCUGGUUUCACAUACUUACUGUUACGUAGAGAACAGGGAACUUUGCUGCUCCUGUGCACUUGCAUCUGUACAAACAUUUGUCCAAACGGAGCCUUUAAUUAUUCAGACUUAUAACAUGAAAUGCUGAAUUCCAGAAAAUGGAUAUGAGAAUGUAACAAAUCUGUAAAGACAAAAGUUUUGACACAUCUCUCAGUCAUCCUCUAAAAAUGGUUUGGAAUCCGUUUCUCCUUCUAUGUUCAGUGUGUUUUUGUCAGUACCAGCCCAGGACGAGAUUCUGGGGUUUUGUAAACACACCGAUUUUUGUUUUCAAUAGAUUUGAUCUAAAUGUGUCGCCCCACUACAGCUUUACUGUUUAAAGAUGCACUGUGUCACUUUUCUGGUGGAGGGUCAGUCAAAUGCUUGUCUCCACAAAGAUGUUAUUGUUUCACAGUAUGGCAUUAAAGCUUUCUAUCAUCAUGGAGAGCAAAAAAGACCAAGUAACAGGUCAGAUCUGUGGAGAGGUGACCCCGCUUUUUUUCAUUUUCGACCAAUAAAACCACCUGUAAUUGAAUAAAUGUAAAGUAGAGCUGUUUAAUGUCACACUGUGGAACAUUCCAGGCAGAUCAGUGACAUCUCCAUAGAAACGAGCAGGUGAUGGACCCCAACUGAAAAUGUUCACAAUACAUAUUUAAACAGAUUAAAAUAGGUUUCUCUGCAUCUAAUUAUGAAGUGUUUUAUUGUCUGGUAAUCAGGAAGUGCACUGUUAGCAUUCUAGAGAUGUCACAUUUCUGCCAAGAUUAUUUUUUUAGAGUUGUUUUCUUGCUGAGAAGGAAAAGAAGAAGGUGUGUCUCUCUGUUAUUGACCACUGACUGUUACACUGUUUGAUUUUCACAUUUAUUGGUUAAACAAAUGUAGUUAAUAUGAUGAAGUGAGAUUCAGGAGCAGGACCAGGCCUCAGCCGUCCUCUCCUCUCACCAGUGAACCACAACUCACCUCGACCACACCUCGAAUUUCCCAGAAGCCCAUAUGUAGCAGCCUUUCCCAUCAUCCCAGUUUGUCUCGGCGAACUCGACCCCACCCUCCCAUCUCUAUUUUGUCUUUCAGUCAGAAGACCCCUACAGGGGGGGUCCCGUUCUGGCUGGGCCAGUUAAAGACUGAGACGCCCCCACCUAGAGUCUCACCAUCUCCACCACCCAGCCAUCUCCGCACCGCUUCAUACAUUAUCAGUAAACUUCUUUGCACGUCGUUGUUGGUGUGGUCCCAGCUAGUGAAAUGAUCUUGUUGAGCCCUAAGAGGCGACAUGUCCUUUUGGGCUUUACAAAAAUGAAAGUUUUUGGAUUAAAACCACAAACGUGACAUUUGGAAUGCAAACGAUUCCCAUGAAUAACAACUGUCCUUGUUAAAAUAUGACUAUAAAAGUGGCUUGACAGAAAACCUUAAAUAAUAAGUCUUAACAAAUGCUACAAAUGGAACAGUCUUCUGUUACAUUUCAGACAUUUUAACUCCAUCCAAGUCUCCUCAGGAGCCUUUUCAGUCUGGGCCUCGGUUUUGGAACGACCUGCCUGAGGAAAUAAGACUCACACCAUCACUAUAAUUUUUUUAAUCACCUCUUAAAACACACACAUCGGUUGGCUUUCCUUUUCUUUUUAUUCUGUUUCUGUUUAUUUAUUUAUUAUAAUUUAUUGGAUUGUUUUCAUUAUUAUCUGUUUUUGUGCUUUCUGUGUCCUGUUUUUAUUAUUUUUGUAUUGUUCAUUGUUGCUUGUGUAGCAGAGCAGCAUAUUUGUACAUGUACUUCAAGGUAGUAAAGUUGCCAACAACGCCACCUGGUAAUGCCAGGACACAGUGUUUUUCCCCACCCACUAUAGACACACAGGUUCGUUGACUGAAUAUGGCGUGAGACUUGAAUAUACUUUACAUUGAAUUUAUUAUCCAUUUUUGCAAAGGGUUAAUAACAAAUAUCCUCCACCAGUCCUGUGCGUUCAUUGGGUCGCAUGGCCUCGUUGCUUGGAGUUACCUUAGGACCAUUAUCACAGUCAAUAUUGCGCCUCGCAGUAGC